AUGAUGGAGGAGGAGGAGCUGGAGUUCGUGGAGGAGCUGGAAGCCGUGCUGCAGCUCACGCCUGACGUGCAGCUCGCCAUCGAGCAGGUAUUUCCAAGCCAGGAUCCUCUAGAUCGAGCGGAUUUCAAUGCCGUGGAGUAUAUCAAUACCCUGUUCCCAACAGAACAAUCUCUGGCAAACAUAGAUGAAGUUGUGAACAAAAUUAGACUGAAAAUAAGGAGACUGGAUGACAAUAUUCGAACUGUUGUAAGAGGUCAAACAAACGUGGGGCAGGAUGGCAGGCAAGCACUUGAAGAGGCUCAGAAAGCUAUUCAGCAACUCUUCGGCAAAAUCAAAGAUAUCAAAGACAAAGCAGAAAAAUCAGAGCAAAUGGUUAAAGAAAUCACCCGUGAUAUUAAACAGCUAGAUCAUGCCAAACGCCACCUGACCACGUCGAUCACCACGCUGAACCAUCUGCACAUGUUAGCAGGUGGCGUGGAUUCCCUCGAAGCUAUGACCAGGCGAAGACAAUAUGGAGAAGUUGCUAACCUUCUUCAGGGUGUGAUGAAUGUUCUGGAGCACUUCCACAAGUAUAUGGGAAUUCCACAGAUCCGGCAGCUUUCCGAAAGAGUGAAGGCUGCCCAGACUGAGUUAGGACAGCAAAUCCUGGCUGAUUUUGAAGAAGCAUUUCCUUCCCAGGGCACCAAGAGGCCAGGAGGACCCAGCAAUGUCCUACGGGAUGCAUGUCUGGUUGCUAAUAUUUUGGAUCCUAGAAUCAAACAAGAAAUCAUCAAAAAGUUUAUUAAACAGCAUCUGUCAGAAUAUCUAGUACUUUUUCAAGAAAACCAAGAUGUUGCCUGGCUGGACAAAAUCGACAGACGCUAUGCCUGGAUAAAACGCCAGCUUGUGGACUAUGAGGAGAAAUAUGGCCGUAUGUUUCCACAUGAGUGGUACAUGACCGAGAGGAUUGCAGUAGAAUUUUGCCAUGUCACAAGGACAGAACUUGCCAAGAUUAUGCGCACCAGAGCUAAGGAAAUUGAAGUGAAAUUGCUUCUGUUUGCUAUUCAGAGAACGACUAACUUUGAGGGUUUUCUUGCCAAACGCUUCUCCGGGUGCACCCUGACAGAUGGAACUCUGAAAAAACUCGAAUCUCCACCCCCAUCCACCAAUCCCUUCCUGGAAGAUGAGCCAACACCGGAAAUGGAGGAACUGGUGAUGGAGAAAGGAGAUUUAGAUCAGCCAAAGAAGCCGAAGGCCCCAGACAAUCCAUUUCAUGGCAUUGUUUCCAAGUGUUUCGAGCCUCAUCUCUACGUGUAUAUUGAGUCCCAGGACAAAAACCUUGGCGAGCUGAUUGAUCGGUUUGUGGCCGAUUUCAAAGCCCAGGGGCCACCUAAGCCCAACACUGACGAAGGGGGUGCCGUGCUCCCCAGCUGUGCUGACCUCUUUGUCUACUACAAGAAGUGCAUGGUACAGUGCUCCCAACUCAGUACUGGGGAGCCAAUGAUCGCCCUGACCACCAUUUUCCAGAAGUACCUCCGAGAAUAUGCCUGGAAAAUCCUCUCUGGCAAUCUACCCAAAACCACAAGCAGCAGUGGAGGGCUGACCAUCAGCAGCCUCCUUAAGGAGAAGGAAGGCUCGGAAGUAGCCAAGUUCACGCUCGAGGAGCUCUGCCUCAUCUGCAGUAUCCUGAGCACAGCCGAAUACUGUCUGGCCACCACCCAGCAGUUAGAAGAAAAACUCAAGGAAAAAGUUGAUGUAAGUCUGAUUGAACGAAUCAAUCUAACUGGAGAAAUGGAUACGUUCAGCACUGUCAUCUCUAGCAGCAUCCAGUUGUUGGUCCAAGAUCUGGAUGCUGCCUGCGAUCCUGCCCUGACUGCCAUGAGCAAGAUGCAGUGGCAGAACGUGGAGCACGUUGGUGACCAGAGCCCUUAUGUCACCUCUGUCAUUCUUCACAUUAAACAGAAUGUCCCUAUCAUCCGUGACAACCUGGCUUCCACACGGAAAUACUUUACUCAGUUCUGCAUUAAAUUUGCAAACUCCUUCAUUCCCAAGUUCAUAACCCACCUCUUCAAGUGCAAGCCAAUUAGCAUGGUGGGAGCAGAACAGCUGUUGCUGGACACUCAUUCCCUGAAGAUGGUCCUGCUCGAUCUACCUUCCAUUGGCUCACAGGUGGUGAGGAAAGCACCUGCUAGUUACACCAAGAUUGUUGUGAAAGGCAUGACCCGAGCAGAAAUGAUACUCAAGGUAGUGAUGGCUCCUCACGAACCAUUGGUGGUGUUUGUUGACAACUACAUCAAACUCCUUACGGACUGCAACACAGAAACCUUCCAGAAGAUACUAGACAUGAAGGGGCUGAAGAGAAGCGAGCAGAGCAGCAUGCUGGAGCUUCUACGCCAGAGGCUCCCCACUCCGCCUUCAGGUCCAGAAGGCUCCAGCUCCCUGUCCUUACUGGCCCCAACACCAGAACAGGAGUCCUCGCGUAUCCGCAAACUAGAGAAACUGAUUAAAAAGAGACUGUAGGAGCAGACACAGGGCACUUUUGUCUCCUGGCCCGUGAUGCUCAGCACCCCCUACCUCUCCUGUGCUCCCCCUGACUCUCGGAUCAUCUGUCUUGAAACUUCUGGGACAUAUGGGUUGUUAAUGAGUCUUGCCCACAACCUGUCUUAAUUUGCGUCCUGAUCAAGAAGCCAAGCAAGGGCAGGGAGAGGAAAAGCCUCCUUGGUUGAUCCCAGAUUCCUACAGCAGAGGCGGCAGUGGGCGAAAGGACCCCAUAGUCCACUUGUGUUCCUGGGCUGCUUUCAACCCAUCCCGUUGUCACCGGCCUCGCUCCCCCACCUCUGCAGUCACAUCCGUCUGGCUUGUGGCCCCAUCUCCCUUGCCUGUGCAGGCAGCUUGGAUGAGAAAGCCUGGAUCCCACCCUUUCCUCUGUCUGCUGCUGUUUGAGGUUACCUCUGCAGCCAAGCCCUAAGACUUGUCCUCUCUGCUCUGCGGGCUUGGCUCUGGAGGAGGUGGCAGAAUACGGGUGGGGGACAUUGGCCUUGCCUUAAAUGAAGGCAGUGGAGGCAGGAGCACUCUUCCUCAUAGGUCCAUUUUCCUGGUACAUAAUUGUCAUGACUGGGCCAGUGCGUUCUUCACAUUUCUCCAUAACCCGCAGUCCCCUG